AUGCCUUUAUACAUGGAACAUAUACUUGCUACAGAUCCUAAUCAACCAACUAGUUCGGCAACGGAAUAUAAUACACGUUAUAUGUCACCACGUCGGGAAGACUAUAUUUCGCAUGUACUGCUACCAAAAAUAGGGACAACUCGAUCACCAUCACGUAGUCGCUCGUUUCUCUCAGCUGAUGUUGAUCCGAACUCAACAUUAAGCGCAUCGGAAUAUCGUCUACGCUAUCCUAAUCAUCAACCAAAGCGUCCGUUUGUUUUUCAUGCUCAACCAAGUCAUGUAUUUGACUUUGUUCCAAUGCCAAUUAAUUCAAGAGUUUCACCUCGAUUCGAUCCAUCUCCAUCGUUUACAAAAGAUACAGAAUAUCAUGAACGUUUUCCAAAUUAUCGUUCAUAUGUACCCAUACAAGAACUAGUUCCACCACAUCUAUCCUCUCAACCGAACAUGCCGUCGCCGACACAAAUCAAAAAAGAACGCAUGACGCGUAGUCAAUACUUUCAUGAGCUCGUUACGGAUAGCGAUAAAUUUAACGGCGGGCAACGACAUGUUGGCAGCAGCGAACAACGUUCUGCGUUUCAAUGGCCUAAUCAUAUGCAGCAAAAGCAACCAAUGCCUUCCUACACAACAAUGAAUAUGUACGAACCGAUGCCGCCCAUCCAUCGAUAUACACUUAAUGCUUCCAAUUAA